AUGAUGUCUCCACCUGCUGAUAAACCAACUGCCGCUCGAAUCUUGCUACAUAAGAUACUCCAUUGCCGCAUUUGCUGGCUACGAUUUCGAAGUAUGGCACCUCUUGCACCAGGCCUCGGCAUGCUGGCUCGACUUCUUCCCUCUCUAAUUACCCCACCCAUCGGCUUACUGCUUGUGCAUACUCUUAUCCAAAGAGUGUUAUCCAUCAACCUACUUUCUCUGUCCCUUCCCAUCUGGCAGCACACCCUGGUUCUACUUGGGAGCAUCCCGGUCGCGUUCACAAUCCGUUUGUGGCACUCCUUAGCCCGAGAUUGGCUAGACGCGCGAGCCAAUGGAGCAACCCUUCCGCCACUGGUACCCGGGGCUAUUGGUGGUGUUGACCUGCUGAGGGAUGCCAUUGGCAACGCCGAGAACGAGUAUCCCGGGGAAGCCUUCGCCGUUAUGGGCAAUCAAUUAGGGCCAAUGUUCAAUCUGCGGCUUCUAUUCACAAACUUGAUGUUAACAAGCGAGCCCGAGUAUAUCAAGGCCAUUUUAGCAACCCAAGUCGCCAGUUUCGAAAAGGGCGAGGAGAUACGUAGCAUUUUCAGUGAUUUAUUGGGAAGUGGCGUGUUUCUUUCAGAUGGUGACCUCUGGAAGUUUCAUCGCUCAAUGACGCGGCCAUUUUUCAAGCGUGACCGCAUCAGCGACUUUGCGCUUUUCGACCGUUACUCUCUCGUCGCGAUUGAUAAAAUCAAGCAACGUGUUCGCGAUGGCUUUGCGGUCGAUUUUCAAGACCUGCUAGGGCGGUUUACGAUGGAUGCCUCGGGCGAAUUCCUCUUCGGAUAUGAUUCUCGCACCUUGGAAGCAGGGCUUCCCUAUCCAUAUAACAGUGCUACGGGGAAGGCUUCAAAUCAGGCUUUGGAUAAAGAACAUGCCGCUGCUUUGGCGUUUGCCGAAUCGAUAAUGCGUGCCCAGGAUUUGUCGACGCGCCGAAGCCUGCUCGGCUCUGCUUGGCCAUUGAUAGAGUUUUGGACCAACAAGGUCGAGGAGGAGAUGAAAGUUAUUCGGGCUUUCUUGGACCCGAUCUUGCAGGUCGCAAUCGGGGAUAAGAAGAAUGGGGAAUACUUUAAUGGGGAUGGUCUUGUCAAGGAUCGAGAGGUUCAAGAAGGCGAGACGUUGGUGCAACACUUGGUAAAUUAUACUCAAGAUCGGACAAUUAUUCGCGAUGAGAUUCUCAACAUCGGACUUGCCGGGCGGGACACAACUUCCUCUUUGCUGACCUUUGUCAUCUACAUGCUUGCUGAACAUCCGGACGUUCUCUCCAAAUUGCGCCGGGAAAUACUGGACAUUGUUGGGCCGACAAGCGCUAUACUCAAUGAAACAUUGCGGCUCUAUCCUCCUGUACCGCUGAACUCUCGGAAUACGUGUGCUCCUGUAGUGCUUCCUCCCCUGCAGCCAGGAUCCCGACCUUUCUACAUUCCCAAAGGAACGAGAGUGCCAUACAGCACUAUUGGUAUGCACCGUCGACCCGAUCUCUGGGGUCCCGAUGUGCUGGAAUGGGACCCGGAGCGCUUCAUCGACGAACGACUCCACAAAUACCGUAUCAUCUUGUCCUUCUCAUCCAGUUUAUCGUACUCAACUUCUGCAGUCAUACCCAACCCGUUCAUCUUCCUGCCCUUCAGCGCGGGCCCGCACAUCUGUCUCGGCCAGCAAUUCGCCUAUCACCAGGCUUCUGUCUUCCUCAUCCGCCUAUUCCAGGCAUUUUCCGGUCUGUCGCUAGCGCUGGACGCGCAGCCGCCAGACAGUCUCCCGCCGGCAGAGUGGCGGGACCCCGAGAAGGAUGUGUUGGGGUGGAAGCGGAGGGAAAGGUUGUUUGUGAAGAGCCACCUGACGAUGCAUGUUAAGGGCGGUAUUUGGGUGCGGUUGCAGGAGGUAUCGUGA